AAAAAAGAACUAAAAGCACAAUAGCCAUCAGCACCAGUUGCACACUACGAUCAUUUAACACAGUUUUUUCCAUCCAAAGAAACAGCACACACACACACACACACAGUGAACAAAAGAAAUGGCAGUUCUAAAUUGCUACUACCUCUCAGUAACCUCAACAGCCACACCAAAAUCUCAAGAAUCUGCAAACAAUUCACCCCCAACACAAUCCCCACAGCCACAUCCAAGGCAAACAAAAGUGAUUCUUCCUAAAAAGAAGCCUAUGAAAUGGUCUACUGGGGAUGCUCCAGGUGAUUAUGGGGGCCCACCUACUACAACUAAGCUUAGAAAAUACUGGGGUCAGGAUGUAGACCCUCUUACCUCUGAUGAUUUUAUUUGGAAUAAAGAAUUUAUGGGUCGUAUGAAAAAGUAUGUUCAGGAUCCUCAAGAGAAUGAUACUGCUUCUCGCUCUGCUCCUAAAAAGCAGGAAGAGUCAUUUGGAUUUCUUAGCUUAAAUAGAGUCAUGAGUCUUGACAGUAUGGAAAUUGACUUGGGUGAGAAGCUAAUGGCCCCUUCAAAACCUGUGCUAGACCCUGAAGUCGAGGAAAGUCAAGCUAUCGUAAGUGCAUCUCAAAGAUGGAGACCAGCACCAACACGACGAGAGCAGGAGAAGUGGGACAGGGCUGCAAAGGCUGCAACUGGGGGCAGCGAAGUGUUACUCCGGGAAACAAGACGUACAAAAGGGGAUCCAAAACUUUUGGCUGCUCAGUCAGAGGAGCAGUAUCUUAAGUUGAAGGACAAAUUGCAGUUCCUCACCCUUGGGAUUGGUGGAGUUGGCAUACUUUCAGCAUAUGUGUCUUAUUCUCCUGAAAUUGCAGCAAGGUAAACUAGUCGACUUUCUAUA